GCAACAAGGGGGGGACGGGAACAAUGUCAUCAUGGUCGCCUUAAAAAAGAGUGCAGCUAUGUUGUGGUGAAAAGCACCUCGGGAGGAGAACAGAGGAUCAGUAGCAGAAAGGAAACAACAACAACAACAAUAAAGACGCAUCAGAUGAAAGUGGAUUUUUCCUCCUCGUCCGAAGUGCCUUCAGCUCUCUCUCUCCGUCCAGCGCGAACAUGCCGAGAGGAUUUUUGGUGAAGCGGAACAAGAAACCCAACCCGGUGUCUUACCGGGUCCGCUGUGAUGAGGAUGAAGCGGCGGCUGAUGCUCCAGCGCGGUCCUUCACCGCGCCUCUCCCCUCCGUCCCGGUGCGCGCACAGACGCCGACGCCCACCUGCGGGGCGGCGGCUCCAGAGAAGGACGCAAAACCGGUGCAGUUUGGAAACCCAGAGUCGGUGUACCAGCCGCUCUACAGCCCCACCCGCCCCGUCAGCCAGGAUCACGAGCGCUCCUACUUCGACAGACGCUUCAACCUCGGCUCGCCGGUCACCGCGGAAUCUUUCCCCACGCCGGCAGCCCUCACGGCUUUGGAUCACCUCUUCGCCCCGGUGGAUCUGAAGAUCGCCUCGAGUAACAGCAGCCGCACCGGCACCGUCAGCACCGCAUCAUCAUCCACCAGUGCUCUCCCCACCGCGGGGGCCAAACGACCCUCCGGCGACACCGAGCGCAAAGGCAAACCUGCAUCCAAGAAAACCAAAGCUAUCAGGAAACUGCACUUUGAGGAUGAUGUCACCACGUCUCCGGUCCUCGGGCUCAAGAUUAAAGAGGCCCCGGUGGAGCCUCUCAGACCCCAGCAAGCCGGAGGAGACAACGUGCCUUUGGGGGAGUUCGUGUGCCAGCUUUGCCGGGAGGCGUACGCGGACCCGUUCGCCCUGGCGCAGCACAAGUGCUCCAGGAUAGUCCGGGUCGAGUACAGGUGUCCCGAAUGUGACAAGGUGUUCAGCUGCCCGGCGAACCUCGCCUCACACCGGCGGUGGCACAAACCGAAGCAGCAGACCGGAGCGGCUGCGCACAGUCUGGAGACCGAGAAGGCUGCAGCUGCAUCCGGUAAAACUGAUGAAGUGAAGGAUUCUAGUGACAGGGACACACCCAGCCCAGGACCGUCCGAGUCCGGCUCCGAGGAAGGGCUUUAUGAUUGUAACCACUGUGGGAAAAAGUUUAAGCGCCAAGCGUACCUGCGGAAGCACCUGGCGUCUCAGCACGGCUCCCCGAAGCCGGCGGAGGACGAGGACGCGCCGGUGUGCGAGCAGAGCGCGGCGCCGCUCAACCUGAGCGCGUCCAGCUGCCACCUGUGCCCAGUGUGCGGGGAGAACUUCUCCAACAGGGGCAGCCAGGAGCGGCACAUCCGCCUGCUGCACUCCUCGCAGGUCUAUCCCUGCAAAUACUGCCCCGCCAUCUUUUACAGCUCCCCGGGACUCACCAGACACAUCAACAAAUGCCAUCCGUCCGAGAACCGGCAGGUGAUCCUGCUGCAGAUGCCGCUCCGCCCCGCCUGCUGAUCUGGGACUCUGGGGUUGCUUUCACACUGUCAGAUCACACAAGGCAACACACAGCAGCUUUAUGUGAUGGAGGAUUUAAUGGUUACACUGCAAAAAAAAUAAAAUUAAAAAAAUAGAAAGAUUUUUUGAGAAUGUUGGGCUCCUAAAGUCUUCAUUUUUUAAAAUCAAGAGAAAAGUUUUGCAAGUAGCUGACAGUCUUGUUGACUUUCCUGUUGAUUUGAGACUUUCAUCUCAACUUUUAACAGUUUUCCUUUCUUAAAAAUUGUAUAACACUAAACUGUCAUUUACUUAAAAACCACAUCUGGAACAAUUUGCACUAAUAUGAAAAACAGGGAGCUGCUUCUUGAAUCAACAUUUUUGGACACAUUUUUUCAAAACUCAUUGGGUACAAAAAGUGGAGAUAGUGAAAUGUUUUGAUUAAAAAAUAGAUAUUCUCACAACUCCUCGGGCUGAAAGUAGAAAAUCAGGAGUUUCUUUUUUGCAGUGUAAACAUAGUUUUGUCAGAUUCCUGCAGAUCUCCUGCAGCUGGCGGGGAUUCAGUGCCUUGCUUGAGGACACUUCAGCAGGUUCUGGGUGUGUUUGUGUGUUUGAACCCUGGCCUAUAACAACGCCCCCUCCCCUCCCCCCUCCUUUUAAAGCCUCUCUGACGUCAUAUUUCCGACACUUAAAGCGUUAGACUGUUAAUUUAUUUUUCUAGCAUCUCUGCACAAGUGCUAUUAGCUUCUAGACCUAAGAGAGGGGACGACCUGUAGCCGAUGUAAAAGCAGAAAUCACAGGCCGGAGACGACCUUUUCUCACACUCUGAUUAGCUUUAAACUAGCUCGUGGAUCCGUGGAUCAGUAGCUGUUGCCUGAAAACAAACCAGAGUAAAAAAAAAUAGUGUAGCCGGUAAUGCCUUUGGAUUAGAAACUCCUGCUGUAAAACUGCCUUAAAACUGAACUGAUUGUUUUUUUUUUCAUCACUUAUUUAUCACUGGCUGGGUGUGAUAUUCAUUUCAAAGCCUUCUGUAUUACCACUAUACAGUAUAUUCUUUGUUUUUAUUUAUUUAUGUAUUUAUUAAAUUAUUUGUGUAAAUUAUUGCUCUGUGUGCUCAGUGAUCUGUUGCUGUGUUUCUUCACGAUGUAGCCAAAUUGAUUUCUUUUUGUUAAUUUAUAUUUAAAAAAAACCUGUGUGUGUGUGUGUGUGUGUGUGUGUGUGUGUGUGUGUGUGUGUGUGAGGACGGUGCGUUCAAGUGUCAUUACAGCAAUCAAUGAGUUUUACGAGACACUCUUGAAUAAUAAUAAUAAUAAUAAUAACUAAAUGCAAUCAUGAUUUUUUACAGUUUGUAUUUGUUUCUGUAACUGUUAGCUCUUACACUGCUUUGGAUGUUUCUGCAGUAUUUUUGCUAAAUGUCCAAAAAAGAAUAAAAACCAAACUGAGAAACAAG